AUGAUGCUUCGGCGCUGGAUGUUUAUCCCCGUGAUGACUCUAAAUACGAAGAAUACCCUUGUACCCGACAGAACUGUGGCCCUUCUUGCACUGGGAACGGCGCGUCAAAAGUUUCGACACGCAAGCGAUUCUGGCAAGCGGGAUCUUCAAAAGCGAGUGUUUGACUAUAUCUUUAAACGACGUCGAGAGACCUGGCCAUCACAAGUAGAUUAUUAUCUACCAAACCAGAUUCCCGAGGUCACCGUUACUAGCUUUUCUUUACCUCAGGAUCCGCAAUUCUCUAAGGUUGAGAACGAAGUAUUCUUCGCGGGCGAUGAGAUAGAGAAGACGGUCGCACACGCCGCAACCUUUGUCGACGAACACGGGAACAAACUCGACGAACAAUUCCAAUGGGGCACCGGUGGUCUUUAUGGGUGUACCAUGCUUACUAUUGUUAGCAAAAGAGCGGUUUGGAUGGCGCACUUUUGGGAAGUUGCAGCAUUUAACGACAAAGAUGGAUUCGAUACCGCAGACGACAUAUCUAAAUUCAAUCAAUACGUUCUCGGGGUUCUAGAGGGGAACGCACCAAAGGAAACCAUGGACUACGUGGAUCACCUGAAUUGGGACAAUUUCAACAAGUGUGAUGAUGAUUUCCACGUCUUUUGGAUGUCUCCCGUGGGAAUGUCGGCAUCCGGGAAACCUAUGGGACAAACUCCAAAGUACAAGGCGAAAAUGGAAAAGGUCAACGACUUCCUUCGAGAGAAGUUGAACGAGCCCACUAUCAACACGUUUCUGUAUGAGCGGUUGAACUACUUUAGCCGUGCAAAUGGCGAGCAGGGUGGCCCCGAUAUCAAAUAUGUAAACAAACAGGCGUACGGCAUGUGCGCGUUCCAGUAA